GAGCCCCACGCAGCAUCCGAGAUAUAAUAGCAUCAUUGAGUUUGGCGUAUAGAGAGCGAAUAGACCAUACGAAAAGAGGAAGACAAUCAUUAUUUAUUAACCUGUGAGCUCAUUUACUGGAAUAGUUGGUUGAAGUAUCGUUACUCAUUCUCUAUGGAUAUAAAAUAGGGACAAAUCAGCUUUAUAUUCUUUAAUUUACCCUUUUUAUCUGGGCUGCCAGUAAAGCAUCCUGCGUUAAUUCUCAAAAUGGCUGAGAUUACAGAAUUACGACCUGCAUAUGACAUGUCACCGGUGCUGGCUGGUUUUAUCGGUGCAGCGGCUCUGGUGGUUGCCGUGGUGAUCCUGGUUCUCCUGUGGUCCUUCUGCCAGCGUCGCAACCUCCGGGUGAUGGGCCGGUACAAGCUCCAUGGUGAUCAGUACACCGACUCGGCUGAAGACCCGCCUUACAAGUUCAUCCACAUGCUGAAGGGCAUCAGUAUCUACCCAGAGUCCCUCAGCAGCAGCAAGAGGAUAGUACGGGUGGCCAGACGUGCUGGGUGGCAGGGGGAGAGAGACAGAGAGAGGGGUGGUGGCCGCGGGAUGGUCCUGGUGGAUGCUGAGAACAACAUCCUGGAUGCUCCUACCCAUCUCCAGAUGAGCCACCUGGUGCCCCCUGCUGGCCAGCCCAGAAUGGAGGCGGCACUGCCCGUCAGGGCCGACUACUGCUGCCUGGAUAGCUCAGCUACCAGUAGCGAAAACAGCAGCAAGACUGUUUCACCUUUCACCCCCGCGUCCUCUGACCCAGAAUCAGAGCCUGAAACCAGCCUGGGCUCCCUCAGCCUGGCUUUAGACUACAACUUCCCUAAGAAGGCCUUGGUGGUGACCAUCGUUGGAGCCCAUGGCCUGCCUGCAGUAGACGAACAGAGGAACAGCUCCGACCCCUACGUGAAGAUGACCAUCCUCCCUGAGAAGAAGCACCGGGUGAAGACCAGGGUCCUGAGGAAGACACUGGAGCCGGUGUUUGACGAGACGUUCACGUUCUAUGGAGUGGCCUACAGCUCGUUGCCCGAGCUCACGCUGCACUUCCUGGUGCUCAGCUUCGACCGCUUCGCCCGAGAUGAUGUCAUAGGAGAGGUGGUGGUCCCGCUGACAGAGUUGGAACCCAGCACGGGGCGGGUGCACAUCACCCAGCAAAUCAGCAAGAGGAACAUGCAGUGCGAGAGCCGUGGGGAGCUGUUGGUGUCUCUGUCCUACCAGCCUGUCUCCCACCGCCUCAGUGUGGUGGUGCUGAAGGCCAAACACCUGCCCAAGAUGGACAUCUCUGGCCUGUCUGGAAACCCAUAUGUGAAGGUCAAUGUGUUCUACGGACGCAAGCGCAUCGCCAAGAAAAAGACGCACGUGAAGAAGUGCACGUUAAACCCCGUCUUCAACGAGUCCUUCAUCUACGACGUGCCCCCCGAGCUGCUCCCUGAGAUCUCCGUGGAGUUUGUGGUGGUCGACUUUGACCGUACCACUAAGAACGAGGUGGUGGGGCGCCUGCCCCUCGGCCUGCACAGCCCCUGUCCCUCUGGCGCCGCCCACUGGCGGGAAGUCUGCGAAAACCCCCGUCGGCAGAUCUCAAAGUGGCACAACCUCAGUGAAUACUAGCUCCUCACACCACCUAAUGCAUAUAGUUCUACCUGUGUAUAGGGGGAGGUGGAGGAGGGGAAGAGAGGGACUUCUUGCCGAGAGAGUGGCUUUUCCCCAUGCCAUACAUUCUCUUGUGAAUAAUACCAACAAAAAAUGAACAACAUUCCUGGUGGGACUUGUACAGUGGACUUUACAGUGGUUAAGGUUCAACUACAGGAUCGAAUUAAAGUAACAAACAUGCAUACAGAUAAACAUACAUAUAUAUAACCCACACCACUACAGAAUUAUAGAGACACUCAGUCUCAGCAUUUGGGUACGAGUAAUGAAAAUAAAAAAGUUUGUUAACCAAAGUCUGACCAGGAUCACACAUUCAAGGCUGUUAUUAUUGUCUGGCCAUGUUGUAUGAAGUUUAGGCGAUGGGAGGAUACAUGCAAAUGCUUAAAAAAUAAAGAAUUGUCAGACUUCAAAAUCCUCCCCUUGCCAAUAUUGUACUUCAUUCAUCGCAUGUCUGAAUUAAACAGAAAUAUCAUCAAAUCAAAUGUAGGAAGGAAACAGAAGUAUUGCUUAUAUUGAUAGUGAGAAUUUUUUUCUCUCUCUAAAGGUAGCAACGAAUAGGACAGCUAGAAAAUUCUACCCAUGAAAUGUUUUGGGGCCUAACUGUUGUCGUUCAGUGGCAUUACCAUAUUUGAUGACAAGCUCUGUAUCUAACAUGAAAACCAUCAAGGUUUCAAACCAAUUGAUUCUUUGUUGUUAAGACAAAUGUGAUUUCACUGCAAAUAUAUUUAUUUUGGGUUCAUUUUUAGAACAAAUUCGGUCUGAAAAUAUGAAUGUAAUAAACAACCAAAACAUUAUUACAUGGAUACAUGUAGCGUUUCGCUACACUCGCAUUAACAUCUGCUAACCAUGUGUAUGUCACAAAUAUAAUUUGAUUUGAUUUGAUUUAACAUGUGAUCACAAGAAAUAUGACAUCUUCUCAUACUGUGGCAUUGAAAAAGCAUUUACCACAGUAUAAGCAAAUUACUGAACUAUCACUGCAGCAGGUUAGUCUUAGUACUGUAAUAACCAGGUAAUAACACAUGCUAGUUAGGAGCUUGUAGUGCCAGAUGUUUUUUGAAAGUCACUGAUAUUAUUGUGAAUAAUGGUUUUGACAUGAAGAGUUGUAAAGGGUCAUGUUUUGCUGUGUGGUUUCCAAAAGGUUUAUACAGAAUAUUCCAGAUAUAUUUUGGCCUUUGCUGCCAUGCUCAUCUUUUAGGACUCGAUUCAAUCCGAAUCACCGAAGUUCUGCGCUAUAGCGUGCUUGAAAUGUAAACGUAAUUUUUUAUUGAGCUGUCAUAUGCAGCGUUUACCGUGAAUGCAGUCUUCGCGAACUUGGGAACAUUGGCUUUACAUUGCCUUUACAUUUCAAUAGCGCUGAACUUGAGCGAUACGGAUUAAAUCGAGCCCUUUGUGUAUUUUUGUCUCUUUCAUUUGGCUAAUUUCAAGAUUAUAUUGUAUAAAAGAACAGUACUUUAUAUCUUGAAGGCAACACUUUUCUAUAGUGAAUAGCCUCACAGGUUGAAGCUCCUGUAUGUGUGUGUGUGUGGAGACUGCAGAGCCCAGGUGCACUGUUUAGAAUAAUAUAAGUGGUGAUGGGGUUCAGAGCAGGACAUGGCAGUGGGGUGGCUACUGCUAACUUCUGGCUUGGCUAGGCUUUAUGACCAGAAGGACGAGACACAGGUGGGCAAACCCCCACACCUCUACUAUCACCAACCUCUCCAUCCUCUCUUCCUCCUCUUUUUCUCCCGCUCUCUCACUCUCUCUGACCCUCCUUCGCACUUUCUUUCUAGCUCUCUCUUUACAGUCCCUUAUUUCCUCAAUCUCCUUCGUUCUCCCGUCUCCUCUCUCUAACUCUUUCUUUGCACCUUCUUUAUUUGGAUCACUAAUAUCUCAAAUUCCUUUUAAUGCUUCAUUCCUCAUAAUGAGAGAAGUCACAGUAUUUGACAUAUUAGUGAACCCAUCAUAACACCUAUCACACCCUGUGAGGAUUUGGCUGUAUGACUGAUGCUCUGUCAUCAUUGUACAUCGUAGGUCAGGGGUGUCAAACUCAUUCCAUGGAGGGCCUAGUGUCUGCAGGUUUUUUGGUUUUUCCUUUCAAUGAAGCCCUAGACAACAAUUAGUGGGGAGUUCCUUACUAAUUAGGGACCAUAAUUCAUCAAUCAAGUACAAGGGAGGACUUGCAGACACUCGGCCCUCCGUGGAAUGAGUUUGACACCUGUGCUGUAGGCCUACUCAGUGGAGACAUGGGGAGUCUAGCUGCAAUGGCUUUACAUCACACUGUGUAACAUUUACUGCAGUGCAGUCUGGCAAAUUGACUGUGUGAAACUCUGGGAGAACAGUAAUCUCAGUGAAGCCAAGGUGAAAAUACUUAAGUAAGACUGCAGGUUUGUGUCUUGACAGGGCAAGGGGAAAGCAUAAAAUUGUGUUGCAAUACAUAUGAGCUGCCUUGUUUGCUUUUGGCAGCAAACUCCUGCGAUCAGAACCCCCACCAUUUUGACUGUCUAUAGCCCCGUUUAUACCUGGUGCUAACAUGGGUCCUUAGUCCUGAUCUUGUCUACAUUCUGAUUGUGCCCACAUUUCCAGAAGUGUGUCUACACAUGGUAUUAAAAUGAGUCUGUUAUCUGUCCACUGUGUCUGCAUUGUGACCAGAGUUCCUGGUCCCUUCCUUUAUGCAAAUCAUGUCACAGCUAUAAUAUUUGUAUAUAUAUUUACUGUAAGACACAUAUUGAUGUAAUCAGCCUCCUGUCACUGAUUUUAGAGGCCGGAAUAAUGAUGAUUUAAAUGGUUUUUCUGUCCAGAUCUGUCUACACUUGUAAGAUGUCUAGACACAAAAAGAUCACAAUGAGAUCACAAUGUGUCUUUUGAUUGUCAACACCUGUCUAAAAAUGUGGGCACAAUCAGACUGUGGACAAGAUCAGGACAAAAGACGCAAGUUAGAACAAGGUAUAAAAGGGGCUUACUUCACCUUGUCUCCCCACCUUCGACCUUCAGUGUAGCUACUUCCUUUGUUGAAAUAUCCUUGUUAACUAAUUUGGAAUAAAAUAUGAAACGUAAUGUAAACAAACUGUAAUAAUGACUGAUCGUGGACUGGUACAAAUGAUUAUUUCAAGGUAUCUUCUAUCCAAAUACAUGGAGUUAAACUAUGUAAUGAAAUACUUGCCAGUAAUGCAAACGGUGUCUAAAACGUACAUUUUCCUAUGUGCUGAGUAUAUUACGCGGAUGCUAACUUGUGUGUUUUUUUUCAUUAACAGUCAUUCAACGUGCAAAUAAAAAGUUAUACUCCA